AUGUUGCCCCAGUCUCUCUCAGUCGCUAAGGCAUCUGCUGGCCCUGACUGCCUUGACACGACCUUUCUUUUGUUGGUUCUGCUUAUUACGGUUUCGCAGCGCCUCGUAGACAUGGUCUUGAGUGUACCACCUGCAAAGCGUGAGUUAAAGUUUGUUGAGGCACCAUCUUUGCUGCCAGAACAAUGCCGCCAGCAGUUACAAUCGGUGUUGCCUACAGGGUUGCCAUGUCGACGUGAAAAGGUUGAAGUGACAAUGCGUCUACUUAUACAGCCGCUGGCAGUAGUGCAGUUCACCAAGUCGUCGUGUGAAGAUGUGGAUGCAUCCACAUGUUAUGCUGGCACUUGA